AUGCAUCUUUUAACAGAUGUUGGAGAACAUACUCAAGUGCUUUACCUACUUUUAAAAAUUUCAAAACGAAUGUUGUAUACACAACUUAAGAAUAUUUUCGAAGUACAAGAAAAGUUAAUUGUAAACGCAAACGUACGUACAUUACACGAAAAUAUUUCUUACGAUACCGAGGCAGGCUUCAUAGGAGCUGGGAAUUUCUGUGAUGUUUAUGAAGGGAAACUAUAUGACAAAAUACCAGUAGCUAUAAAAGUAUGUCAUGGACCGAACGAAUCGCUUAUACGUGAAGCUUGCUUAAUGGCACACUUUAAUCAUCCCAACAUAAUAAAAUUUCAUGGUGUAUGUUGUGAGGUGGCUCCGAUAUGUAUCGUGAUGGAAUACUGUACGGGUGGGUCGUUACGCAAUCACCUCCAAGAAUGGGCUGGUAAGAUUGUAGUGGGAGAACGAAUUUUGUACUGUGCACAAGCAGCAAAAGGAAUGUGCUAUUUGCAAGAAAAAAACUUGAUACAUCGCGAUCUGGCAUCUCGAAAUUGUUUGAUUAGCAAAUAUGGCAUUAUCAAAAUUGCGGACUUUGGACUCAGCCAACUUGUCUCAGAUUUUACUGGAAACAUCAAGAAUCAGGAAGUACAUUUUUCUGUAAAAUUUCAAGCUCCAUUUAAUAACUACAAGUUGCUAAACUCUUUUUUGAAAUCCUAAAG